AUGCCACAGUUCAGAUACUCAGAUCUCCCUCUGGGGGAUGACAGGACCCGCCUGCUUCGCUUGUUGCCGAACGAAGACAACACUGCCCCGAUAAAAUGUCAGCUCCUCAACUAUUCUCUCCAGAAGAAUAGAAAUGGAGUUCACCUGUACGACGCCUUAUCUUACGUGUGGGGUGACCCAGCCAGGCCACAGGUCAUCUAUAUAGAGGAUGGGGAGUUCAAGGUGAACCAGAAUCUCCAUUCGGCGCUUCGACGACUUCGUGAUCCUGCCUUCGAGCGGAUACUAUGGGUUGAUGCCAUUUGUAUCAACCAAGCCGACGAUAAAGAAAAGGAGCGACAGAUCCAGGUGAUGGGAAAGAUAUAUGCUAGAGCGAAUCAAGUGGUGGUCUGGCUUGGUGACGAGGCUGACAACAGUGGCAAAGCUAUGGAGGGCAUUCGUGUGAAGGCUGCAGACUCAUAUGGAGUAUCUGAGUAUGCAAAUGUAGGCAUACACGACGCAGAGAUCAGUAAGCUGUGUGAGAGACCGUGGUUUCGGCGUAUUUGGGUGGUUCAAGAAGUUGGCCUAGCCCGAGACAUUCGGGUUUUGUGUGGUUCUGCCGAAAUAAACGGGCAUGCAUUCGGCUUUGCCUUAAGAGGGGAUAAAAAUCCCGCCGUGCGCGCUAUGAGCCAUAAUAUCGGAGAAGCACUCUUUCGACGUCAAGAUGGGACAGAUAUGCGGAAAGAACUCUCCUUGGGUGAACUCAUAGAUGUAUAUCAUACCCACGACGCUACUCUUCGUCAUGAUAAGAUAUAUGCCCUCCUUGGAGUGAGCUCGGAUGGCUCGGGUGCAAAAGAUCUAUUACCAAACUAUGAACUUCCGUGGGAGGCACUCUUCGAACGGCUAAUCAAGCAUGUCCUGAGUGCACACGUGUCUGUCAGGAUUGGGCAAGAUAAAGACACCGCUGUGAUCCAGGCUAAGGGAUGGGUUCUGGGUCGAGUACAUGAAGUUCAAAGCAGUGUACGUAAUCGCCACACCCUAUCAAUUUAUUUCACUGGAGACGGCUUUUGGAUAGAGAGGUGGCAACGAGAAGGCCGGGAUACCCUAUGGACUGUCCGAGAUUCGGCCAAAGACGUCCGAAAAGGUGACAUUGUUUGUCAAUUACAGGGAGCACGCGAGCCGAUCAUUAUCAGACAUUGCCAGAUCGAAGACCUUUCCCCCUGA